CUCAUAGACAUGCGGUAGUUUCAUUUCUGCAGCUAGAUGCAGCGGAGAGAUGUUUUCCGCCUGCUUGUCGUAUUGUCGAGAUCCACACGUGGAUGCGGAGGAGGUCCAGAACAGCACCGACUUCAAUCCGACCUUCGAGGAUGAGGACAGUGAUACCACGGAGAACGAUGAGACAGGCUGCCAAAGUGGGCGGUCAAGAUAUAUGCUCCCGCGUAGGAAACUUACCAGUGUCGAGGAGCUCGAAUGGAUGAAGCCUUUACUGGACAAGCUUUGGCCUAAGAUUGAUUCGGCGCUCCACAAAAUUAUGAAGGAAACGGUGGAGCCCAAGAUCCAAGACAAACUUCCUUUUGCCCUGAAGGGUUUGACCUUCAAAAAGUUCACGCUGGGGAAAACAACACCCAGCGUGGGACCGAUCACAAUUUGGGAUGCGCCCUGUUUGAAAGACGAUAUCGAUCAUCGAGGAUUGGAACUGCACAUCGAAGUUGAGCUGAAAACCAAAAAUCUGGAUGUUGAACUGGCAAUUGGAGCUCUGACUGCUGGAGUGAAGGAGUGCACAAUCAAAGGUACUUUGGUGGUGCGUUUGGAUCCUUUGCUGGACCAUUCGCCGAUUCUGGGUGGCCUGGUGAUCUAUUUCUUGGACCCACCGGUUCUAGAUCUGGAUUUCACUCAACUUGCUUCAAUGGCAGAGCUUGAGCUCAGCGAACGGGGUCUGACCCGCAUCUUUGAGAAACUCAUUGCCAACCGACUGGUGCUGCCCAAUGUUUGGUUCCGCCCUUUCUUGAAGGAUGAAGACAUCGUGGAUACUGCAACCCUGCGCGAUCCAAAGCCUGUAGGCGUACUGAGGGUGACAGUCAUUGAAGGCAGCAAACUCUAUGGCAACGACUUCCAUUUGUUCAGCAAGGCAACCAGCGAUCCAUAUGUCCGCAUUCGCUUGGCGGAUGAUGAAUGGCAAUCUUGCAAACGAGAAGAGACUUGCAAUCCCAAGUGGCUCACUGAUCCUGAGACGAUUGGGAGUGAACAGAUCUCACCAGACGAAGUGCAGCACGACUUCUUGGUCUACGAUGUGGGGCAAACGUUGAGGAUGGAAGUCUUUGACUGGAACCAGAUCAUGGAGCACGUCUUGAUUGGACGCACCAAGCCCAUGACGGUUCAAGAGGCUUUGAGCCGCUCCAGGAAGCCCAUGGAGUUAUUUGAUUCAAAGGAGAAGCAAGAUCGCGGGCAUUUGGUGGUGCAGUUUGACUGGUUGAAAGUCACUUCCGGAUACCUCGACGAUGACUAUGCCUGCAUGGUCAGGAUUAAGUUCGAUGAGGUCUAUGUGCCGGAUGACAUCGACUUCACUUCAGCGAAGAUUCAGGUGAAGCUUCAAGAUGGAAAGCUGAAGAACACGCCUUUCACAUCACCGCCCAACACCACUGUCACUUUCGCAGAAUCUCCCAGUGACAAACGACUGGAUGUCGAGUACGUCAUGUGCUUCGGCGUGGCGAAGGAGGCGGCCAUGACGGAGCCACUGCAGAUCUCGUUGAUUGCGCAACAAGACCAAGUCCACCGAGAACGAACGCUGGCAGUGGGAAGGAUCAACUUGGAAGAAGUCAUGAACGAACCCGACAAAAACAAAGAGUGGAUUGAUGAGCCGUUGAUAUUGGAAAGGCCGCCACCAGAAGAUGGGAACGUUCUGCCAGACUUUUUCACCUCUCGUGGUGAGGCACCACAAGAGGCAGCACCAGUGCGAGCAGAGGUGACGGUUUCCGUGAUGGGCCUGCAGCCAGUUGCCACAAAGGCAGCUCUGACUCAUAUGAGGAAGCGAUGUCAGCAACCUCCCGAAGAUUUUCGAGUCACAACACGCAACAGCUCGUUGAGUAAGUGGGAACAACCUUUCGUGGGCCGAGAUCAGACAAAGUGCACAGGAUCUGUUGAAUCUCUCGAUUGGUUCAACGCUUUUUUUGGACGACUUUGGCCAAAGAUUGCAAAGUACGUGCAAAAACUCAUGGAGGAUCAAGAGGGGAAUGUGACUCAAAAAAUGCAAGCGGCAGUUCCAAAGCUUCUGAAAGGCAUGUACUUCAACAAGUUCAAGCUGGGGACGAAGACGCCGGUCUUUGGUCCCAUCAAAAUUGGAGAAGCGCCAGAGCGAUGGGGCAAAGAGCCUGGAAAGGAUGCCAAUCAGGGGUCAGAAAUCAGACUGGGCGUGAAACUGGAUUCAGAGUCACAGAUCGAGCUGACUGUGAUGGCUGUGAAGGUGGGCAUCCAUCGAUUGCAGGUCAGAGGCGAAAUCGCCAUCCGCUUUGAACCUUUGUUGGGGCAGACGCCUGUGAUUGGAGGUUUGGUGAUGUGCUUCCUGAAUCCCCCGAAACUGGCCAUGGAGUACAAACACUUUGCCCAACUGGUUGGCAACACAACGUUGGAGCCAAUGGUCAGGGGUGCCAUUGAUCGUGCCAUUGCAAAGGCCUUGGUUAUGCCGAAUGUGAUCUCGGUGCCAAUUGGAAGCGAGGAGAAAGGCGUUGACCGCAGCCUCUUGCGACAUCCGCGUCCUUUGGGAAUUGUCCGCGUGAGGGCAAAGUCUGCGACUGGUCUUCCAGAUGGACAUCUCCACUUGUUCAGCAAGCAGAACAUUGAUGCGUAUGUGAGAGUCCGAGUAGCAGAUGAUGAAUGGCAUUCUUCGAUGGCGGAGGGAAGUUCUCCCGUCUGGACCGCCGCGGAUCAUCACUGCUUCUGGUACUACGACAUCAGGCAGACCAUCUACAUCGAGGUGAUGGACAAGGGUCGGUUCAAUCCUCAACACACGAUAGGCCAAGCCAAGCCGUUGUUGGUAAAGGAUGCAGUAGAAAACAGCGGAGCCGCCAUUGAACUCUUUGCUCCAGUCCAGGGUCUAGAUGAGAUUGGUGACGAAUCGUGCGGAUCUGUUGAUUGUGAGUUUGAACUGCUGCAACCACGGCCGGGCCUUCGUCCUCAAUGCGAGCUUUGCAUGCUGCGUGUCAAAAUCGAUAAGAUCUACGUGGCAGAGGUUCUCCGGCGAUCAAACCAGCUGUGGAUGUGGCAUUGA